AUGAAAGGGGAAAAUGGAGAUCAAAUGCAAUCUCCCCCAAGGUGGAAGGUUAAAAUGCUUUAUGAUGGUGAUUGUCCACUUUGCAUGUGUGAGGUUAACAUUCUAAAGGAAAGGAAUAAGAACUACAAUGCAAUCAACUUUGUUGAUAUAAGUUCAGACGAUUAUUCACCAGAGGAUAACCAAGGCCUAGACUAUGAAACUGCAUCUUCUCUAACACUCUUGGGCAAAAAGACUACCCUUCUAUCACCUGAACCUGUUGUUGCAUCUGGCGUUCCAUGUUGCAGGUUAGUACAGAACCCUGGUGAAUUUGUAGUGACCUUUCCAAGGGCUUAUCACAUAGGAUUCAGCCAUGGUUUUAAUUGUGGGGAAGCUGCUAAUUUUGGAACCCCAAAGUGGCUUUCAGUAGCUAAAGAGGCUGCAGUGCGCAGAGCUGCCAUGAAUUUUCUUCCUACGCUUUCACAUCAACAGUUGAUUUACCUGCUUACCAUGUCAUUUAUUCCAAGGGUGCCUAGGCCCUUGUUACCAGGGAUACGAAGCUCUCGUUUAAAAGACCGUCAUAAAGAAGAACGUGAGUUGUUGGUGAAGAAGGAAUUCAUCGAAGAUAUCCUCAAAGAAAACAAACUGUUAACCUGUAUUCUUAAUAGAUCUUCCUCUUAUCAUGCAGUUAUAUGGAACAUGAGUAAUGGUCGUGUGUUAAGUGUCUCGAUCCUAACAGCAAGCAAAGUUGAAGAGCUGUUGGACUUCAUAGGUGGAGCUGAUCAGUUUAUUGAGGAAGCAGAACGGAGUUUACAUGAUGCAAUCAUGAUAGUAAGGCGGGCCAUGAAGAAUUCCACGGUGGUUGCUGGUGGUGGUGCAAUCGAUAUGGAGAUAAGCCAAUACAUAUGGCAACAUGCAAGGAAUAUAGCUGGAAAGUCACAGCUUUUCAUAAAUGCUUACGCUAAAGCACUUGAGGUUAUCCCAUGA